AUGCCUGCCAUGUGGGACACCUUCAAAACUGGCAAUGGCCCCAGUCUUCACCAGCAGCCACCUCAAGAACUCAAGAACCGACCGUUCCUUCGCCAGAAUCACAGCUCUUCCAACGGACUGCCACAAAGUCGAUCGACCUCGAGCGCCCACAGCAAUCAAACCGCCAAUUCAAACAAGUCCCGUGACGACAUUUACGAAAACCAAACCCAUCUUCACGAAGAUUUCGAAAACCGACUCAACGGACUUGGCAUUCAAAACGGUCCUUUCAGAUACGAGAUUCGCCGUGGUAAGACAGUCCGAACACCAGACAUCUCGGGUCCACCACGUCUGUAA